CUCACAGCUUGGAGUUGAAAGAGGGAGAGCAGCACAGAGUUCCUGGAGGACGUUCUCUCUUGUAUGAGAUAAUAACGAAGAACACUGCACUUUGAAAAAACACAUUUACCAAACAUUCCUAAUCUGCCAGUCCACGUAUUUUUCUUCAUUCGUCGAAUAAAACAAAAAACAGAAUCCUUAAAGUCUUGAAAAGGAAAUUGUCUAGGCUAGAGGUCGGUGAUAUUAACUCUACAAUCUAAUGGGUCUAUGAUAUCUGGGACCUCUUGAAACUACUUUUCGUGGUUCUGUCUUUUGAAACAGAGAAAGUACUGCUCGCAAAAGAGUUUGUUCAAAAAUCCUGUUCAAAAAGGAUUGUUGUUUUAUUCUGUGUUUACCAUGGGAAAAUGUGAACAGGCUGCACAUUGUGGAAUAGGACUGGGAUACUUUUUGCAAAUGUACAUCAUACCUGGACUCGUGGUCCUGCUUGUCAUCAGCACCGCUGCGGCUCAAGAUGAACCUUGUAAAAACAGAUGUAAGAAAUCAAUUGUCUACAGACAUUCUGAAUGGAAUUUUGACUAUCAAGACUGCUGUUAAAAACAGCACCAGGUUCAGACCAACGAUCCAGCCUGCAAAUGUGUCCAUGUAUGACCAUAAGAAGUAAAUAAGACCUAAAGAAAUAUGAUGAUUUCCUUGGAAUGCUGCCUGAAACAUUCCCUUCUGACCCACCGGAGCCCCUACCCCACUUCCUCAUGGAGCCAGAGGAAGCCUACAUUGUAAAGAACAAACCGGUGAACCUUUACUGCAAGGCAACCCCCGCCACCCAGAUCUACUUCAAGUGCAACAGUGAGUGGGUCCAUCAGAAAGACCAUGUCGUGGAGGAGCGAGUGGAUGAAACCUCAGGCCUGGUGGUCAGAGAGGCGAGCAUUGAGAUUACCCGUCAGCAGGUGGAGGAAUUGUUUGGCCCAGAGGACUACUGGUGCCAGUGUGUGGCCUGGAGCUCAGCAGGCACAACCAAGAGCCGCAAGGCACAUGUACGCAUUGCAUAUCUCAGGAAAACCUUUGAACAGGAGCCUUUGGGGAAGGAAGUUUCCAUGGAACAAGAAGUGCUUCUUCAGUGUCGCCCACCUGAGGGAAUACCGAUGGCUGAGGUUGAGUGGUUGAAAAAUGAGGAAAUAAUUGACCCUGCUGAGGAUCUGAAUUUCUACAUCACCAUAGACCACAACCUCAUUAUUAAGCAGGCUCGUCUGUCUGACACUGCCAACUAUACCUGCGUAGCCAAGAACAUUGUUGCAAAAAGGAGGAGCACCACAGCCACAGUCAUUGUCUACGUGAAUGGCGGUUGGUCGACCUGGACUGAGUGGUCUGUCUGUAACGGUCGCUGUGGCAGAGGUUAUCAGAAGCGCACCCGGAGCUGCACCAAUCCUGCUCCCCUUAACGGAGGAGCUUUCUGUGAGGGACAGAAUGUCCAGAAGCUUGCCUGCACCACCUUGUGUCCAGUGGACGGGUCAUGGACAGAGUGGAGCAAGUGGUCCACAUGUGGGACGGAGUGCACCCACUGGAGAAGAAGGGAGUGCAACGCGCCAGCACCCAAUAAUGGAGGCAAGGACUGUGAAGGAAUGGUGUUACAGGCCCAAAACUGCACCGACAGGCUAUGCAUGCAGAGUUUAUUUUAUCAGAUUUCAACUGAACAGAAAGCCCAGAAUGACUUUGGAUUUUCAUCUGCUCCGAGUACUGAUGAUGUGGCUCUAUAUGUUGGGAUCGGCAUCGCUGUGAUCGUGUGCCUGGUUAUUUCUGUGAUUGUGGCUCUGUUUGUGUACCGCAAAAACCACCAUGACUUUGAAUCAGACAUCAUUGACUCUUCAGCUUUGAAUGGUGGCUUCCAAUCCGUCAACAUCAAGACUGCCAGACAAGAUCUACUGACUGUCCCUCCAGAUCUCACAUCAGCAGCCGCCAUGUACAGAGGCCCUGUCUAUGCUCUGCAUGAUGUCUCUGACAAGAUACCAAUGACCAACUCCCCCCUCCUAGACCCCCUGCCCAACCUGAAGAUCAAGGUGUACAACUCCUCAGGGAUGGUCACUCCACAGGAUGACUUGUCUGACUUUGCCUCCAAGCUGUCUCCACAGGUCACCCAGGCAUUGGUAGAUAAUGAGACCAUGAACCUGAGGAACCAGAGCUUUGCCCAGCAGAGGGACCCAUCCUGCACCGCAUUCGGUUCCUUCAACUCUCUGGGUGGCCACCUGAUAGUCCCCAAUUCAGGAGUGAGCUUGUUGGUCCCAGCAGGAGCUGUCCCCCAGGGAAGAGUCUAUGAGAUGUAUGUGACAGUGCACAGGCAAGACAACAUGAGACCGCCAGUGGAGGACGUCCAAACUGUGUUGAGUCCCGUGGUGACCUGCGGACCUCCAGGUGCCUUACUCACCAGGCCUGUCAUCAUCACUAUGCACCACUGCGCAGAGGUCAACACGGAAGACUGGCAGAUCCUGAUCAAGAACCAAUCACAGCAGGGACAGUGGGAGGAUGUGGUUGUUGUUGGAGAGGAAAAUUUCACCACCCCCUGCUACAUCCAGCUGGACAUGGAAGCCUGUCACAUCCUCACAGAAACCCUGAGUACCUACUGCCUGGUGGGCCAAUCUAUCAGCAAAGCAGCUGCCAAGCGUCUCAAGCUGGCCAUAUUUGGCCCUGUCUCCUGCACAGCAUUGGAGCACCACAUCCGUGUGUACUGCCUGGACGACACACAAGAUGCGCUCAAGGAGGUUUUACAGAUGGAAAAGCAGAUGGGAGGAAAGCUAUUGGAUGAACCAAAGACUCUUAACUUUAAGGACAACACCCACAACCUGCGGCUGUCCAUUCACGAUAUCCCACAUUCCGUCUGGAAGAGCAAGCUGCUGGCUAAGUACCAGGAAAUUCCCUUUUACCAGAUCUGGAGUGGAGCUCAGAGGAACCUACACUGUACAUUUAUACUAGAACGGUUGAGUUUGACAACGACAGACCUGGCUUGUAAACUGUGUGUGCGGCAAGUGGAAGGAGAGGGACAGAUAUUCCAACUGAAUAGCACUUUGUUAGAGGACACCCAGAACAUUGACACAUCCCUUAUGGACCCAGCCAGCAACAUCACGACUCUAGUGGGACCCAAUGCCUUCAGAAUCCCUCUCUCAAUACGACAGAAGCUCUGUGGCAGCCUGGACGCCCCUCAAACCCGAGGCAAUGACUGGCGAAUGUUGGCCCACAAACUGAGUUUGGACAGGUAUCUUAAUUACUUUGCCACAAAGUCAAGUCCUACUGGAGUCAUCUUGGAUCUCUGGGAAGCUCAGCACUUUCCUGAUGGGAACCUGAGCACACUGGCAGCUGUCCUGGAAGAAAUGGGGAGACAUGAGACUGUGGUCUCCUUGGCAACAGAACACUGACAGAGGCCUCUGUACUUUUAAGAAGAAAGUAUGAUGACAGGAAACACCAUAGUUACUCACAGAUCAUGACCAAUGACUUUUAAAGAAAUCAGAAAAAAAGGACUUUCUCUCCAAAAAAAUAAAUGAAAAUGACCAUGUAUAUGAUAAUGGGAAUUCAGAGUCAUGGAAUAGUCAUGUUUUUCUUAUAACAAAAGUUUCUUAUAACAAAAGUUCCUGUUAUCUCAGCUGUACUUCCCUUGGUACAGUUUUUAUACAGUUUCCUAGGAAACGCUUUAUACUGCUAUCCAUUUUUGUGGAUGAUCUUUCCUAAUCCAGAUUUCUACAGUGUUAAGUGUGUUUAUGAAAUUAAAACGGAUUGAGGAGUGCAAGACAACGGGACAUGAGCUAACACCAAGGCCUAUCUCAUCUGCUGCCUCCUGGUUUAGUUGGACAACCAAAUACAGCAUUUAAAAUACCAGUUAUAUAUCCAAUGAAUUCCUUUGUUGUUAUUUUAAAUUCUUAUUUGUAUUCUCUUCUCAACUUGCAUUUUUGUCUUUAGGGAUUUAAGUAUACACUGCUUUAUUAAAACAUAUUUAUUUGCAAUUGCUUCUUGAUUUUUAAACACUUUCUACAUCCCAUGCCAAUGCUUGUAUUUUUGUUAAAUAGACAUUUUCCUUAUUUGCUGUUGCCAUCCAGUGGCCAGCGAUGAGAACUGCUCAUUUCUGAAGUAGCCAGUCAUUCAUGAUAUAUUAGCACUCUAUAAAUAUAAAACAGGACAUUACAUUACUGUACAAUCAUUAUUUUCUAACUUUGGCCUUUGUGCCGCCAUAUUUAUUAUUAUUAUUAUUAUUAUCAUAUUGUAGUUGUAGGUUUUUUUAGUUAUCAUUGCCUUACUUUGAGAUAAAUAUGUCAUCAUUAAUAUAGCUGUAAACAACUUGACCAAUAAUUGUAUUAAUUCUUUGUGUUUGCUUGAUAUACAGUGGUUCUUUUAAGCACCUGCAUCUGCUGAAGUGUUAUUUAGUGAGCCACCUGUGAUCUAUAAGUAUGUAUUAAACCCUAUAAACGCAGAGUAAAGAAAUCGGGUUCAAAGAGGUGUCACUUCGCUGGCUACACAUACAGUCAAUUAGAACCUCGUCAACACUGCAAUACUUGGUUGUCAAAUAGCUUCAAUUUUUUUAAAUUAAUUUUACUAAGUGUUAACAUUGUAAAUCUAUUCUCCUCAGAUUCCUCUGCAUUAAUUAAAAAAAAUAUUAAUUUAUAUGUCAUGUAAUGAUUGUGUGAAGUUUUUUCCAAUCGUGGCUCCUGAAAAUAUAUUUUUGUUUUCUGUGUUUUUUCUGGUUGUGGGUGGGAAGUAGCGUUUAGCAAACAUCUAAAAUGUUAAGUGUUACAUCUGUAAGUGGAAUGCUUUUUUAUUCACUAAUUCACAAGAGGUUUUGAGCAAUAUUAAAGUUAAUUCAAUGCUUCAUUUGUGUUCUCCUUCCUUGGGCAAGUGCAUACAUAAAGUUCAAUUGACCUUUCAAGCUUAUUUACUUCUUAUUAUGAUUAUUUGUGGUCAUUGCUCUUUGAUGCUACUUUCCCCAUAUUACAAAGACUUCACAAUAUUGUUGUUUGCCAGUGUACAAUACUUUGGUGCGUCAUGCAGUUUUUUUUUGGUACUGUGAUUCCCAAAAUGUGUUUCUGGUAGAUCAAAACACAGUUAGAUAGAUGCUGUGUUCUCAGCAUUUUAUAAAGGUGUUGAAAUUCAAUUAUGGCAAACUUUGGCCUCAUCUGCCACUGUAAUAUAAACUGUAGUUAACUCAUCUAUAUAUCUUUGUAUAACAGGAACUAUAUUUAAGCUUCAUUUUGUUUGUCUUUUUUUCAUCAUUAUUUCAUGACAUUGUUGAUGUAACUGCUUAAGUUGCAAAAUGAAUCAUACAUUUGCGAGAUACAUCAGAGUAGACAGUGUGCAUGUUUAACUAAAAAACAAGGAUAAAUGAAUACACAAAAGGGACAGACUUGUAUCAUUAUCAAGUGCUGAAAUAUGUAUGUUUUGAUGUCUAGGAGUCUAAUUUGACAUUUGUCAAAAAAGAUAUAGCUUUUUGUUUUACAAUAUUUACCAACAGUGCAGUAUCCUGUUUUUUUUUGUAAGAAAUGGCUGAUUUUCUAAAGCUGUAUCUACUAUGCAAAUUUGGCACCCUUUAUAAGAAGUACGAACAGAAAAGUGCAAUUGCAUUAGUUAUUGUAUAGUGGCAAUGCUGUUCGUCUUUUUUGACACGCUACAUAACUUGGUUUCUUGCAAAUGCUUGCAUUUCUUCUCUCAAGUCUAUGUUCAAAGUGUAAGAAAUACUUUUUAAACAAGUAAUAAAUUAUAUUUAUA